AUGACGAAAUCUGAAGAAACCUUUCCGCUUGGAGUCGACUCGCUGCUUUGCGCUGUUGGUCGGCAUACAGAAGAACAAUUUGGCUUUUUGAAUCCACCACUUUACAAGGGCUCGACGAUCAUUCACAAGACUGUCAAAAGCCUUGAGAACCACGAGGGAAGAUUCUUUUACGGUAUUGCAGGUUCCCCAACGAUUGCUAACCUUGAAGACGCUUGGACAAAGUUGACGGAAGCCGCUGGCACAGUCAUUUCACCCUCCGGACAUGGCUCUAUUGCGCUAGCCAUUUUGAGCGUUAUCUCUGCAGGAUGCCACAUCCUGGUACCAGAAAGUGUAUUUCCGCCAACGGCUGUCUUUUGUAACACGUUUCUGAGCAGAUUGGCUGUCGAGGUCGAAUAUUAUGACCCGUUGAUCGGAGUUGGGAUCGAGAAACUAAUCAAGGACAACACGGUUGCGAUUUACAUGGAGAGUCCCGGCUCGAAUACGAUGGAAGUACAAGACGUUCCAGCAAUUGUCCAGAUUGCCAAGAGGAACGGGCUCAAGACAAUUAUUGAUAAUACUUGGGCAACACCUUUGUUUUUCAAGCCCCAUUCGUUUGGGGUGGACCUCUCAAUUGAAGCAGGAACAAAGUAUGUUGGGGGACAUUCUGAUAUCCUUUUGGGGCUGGUUACGGCGAAUGAAGAGAACUGGCCGGCGUUGAAGAGUACAUACAGCUGUUUGGGCAUGCUUCCUGGAGCAGAAGAUUGUCAUAUGGCUCUUAGAAGUCUCCGUACAUUUCGCCUGCGUGUCAGAGAGGCCGAGCGCAAGGCUUUAAAGAUUGCCAAGUGGCUACAAAGGAGAGAUGAGGUUGAGAGGGUUCUGCACCCUGCUUUUGAGGAAUGCCCAGGCCAUGAAUAUUGGGCCAGAGAUUUUCGAGGAUCAACAGGCUUGUUCAGCAUCAUACUAAGACCCAGGUACUCUAGAGCAUCUCUCGAGCAUAUGCUUGAGAACAUGGUGAUCUUCAGUCUUGGUUACUCUUGGGGCGGUUACGAGUCCUUGAUCGUUCCAUUAAGUGAGGAGGUCAGUGAGAGACUGAAGGCACGGAACCACUAUGGCUACGGGCUAAGGCUUCAAAUCGGUCUUGAAGAUAUAGAAGAUUUGCAAAAGGAUCUAGUUCUGGGCUUCGAGCGUCUAAAGAGCGUCAUUUGA